CUGUUUGUUGCUGUGGCUUAUCAUAAAAUACACAAAUAAAAAUCUCAUUUGAUUCACAAGACCAAGCAAAUUGAACGAAAGGGAUGGCAAGUCUCUUCAGAGGUUUUGGUGGUUUGGUACAUUUCCAGAUAAUGGUUUAGGUUUGCUCAUGGAAGGUGAAGAUUUAAAACCUCACAAAUAUUUAUGGCCAUGGUGGAGCUGGUGUACUUUCUCAGGUUCAGUCUGUAUAAGAACCAUCAAAACCAACGCACUUAACAAGAUAUAACAGCCUGGCUUUGCCAAGCCAGUUAAGCGCCCAGAGGCAUAAACAUAAUGCUGGCAAAGAUCAUCUUCUUUGCAGCAGUAUCAGUGGCCAUUGCCACCGUCAUCCUCCUAGCAUUCGUUUCACCGCCAGGGCACAAGAAAAACCAGGAGGACAAGCAAGGCUCUUGGCUCGACCUCUCCCUCUACAUUCAGCCGCCCCACCUUCCAAACUACCAACAUCCAGGAGCAACACAACGAAGGAGUGAGGCAUUGAUUUUCCACCACACAAUCACAGAGGGUCCGAAGAACACAUCGAAGGUCAUCGGCAAAGCACAGGGCUUCAUAAUUCCCAUAGAGCAUUUUGCUCAUUCACCAUUUAACAUCAUUUACCUCAGCUUCAAUACACCAGAGUACACUGGGAGCCUAAAUGUAGAGGCAAAGCAAAUGAGGAAUGAAGCCAGAGAAGAACUCACUGUUCUAGGUGGAACCGGUUCGUUUGCCUUCGCCCGAGGACUUGCCGUCUUCAUACAAAAUCAAAAUUACAAUCUCAAUCGAAGGGAUGGGCUAACAUCACAUACUUUUGCCAUGUACCACCUGCAGUUAAGGCUGAAGUUCCCUGUACAGUAAUAUGGCAAUAUAUCUGGAUGAAAACGCAUCCACAAACAAUUGAGACACAUGAUCAAUUUGUCUGAGCAUGUUUAACUAACAAGAAACUGACAUAUUAAAGACAAACAAUUGACCAGGACUACAUCUGUAAAGCAAAAAGGAGAACAUUGGAAACAUUCAAAAUAUAGCACAUCUUGUUUUCAGUUGGUGUAUGACUACAGUCAUACACUGAAAAAAAAAUAAAGAACACCAGAAAUCAGAUAGUUGGCCUUAAGAAUGCCAUCAGUUUGUAGAUAAUCAUCCUCAACGACCAUUCCCAAAUCAAGUAGAAUCUACAGUGAACUCUCAAAAGAUUCCAAGGACCUGA